ACGCUGCGCCCGCGUACGUGCGCGCCCGAUGCAGCCGCCCCCGGCCGAGGCCCGCAGAGACGCGGCCCAGGACACCCAGUGGUCCAGGCCCGAGUGCCAGGCAUGGACGGGGGCACUGCUGCUGGGCACGUGCCUGCUGUACUGUGCCCGCGUCAGCAUGCCCGUCUGCUCCGUCUCCAUGAGCCAGGACUUCGGCUGGAACAAGAAGGAGGCCGGCAUCGUGCUCAGCAGCUUCUUCUGGGGCUACUGCCUGACUCAGGUCGUGGGCGGCCAUCUGGGGGACAGGAUCGGGGGUGAGAAGGUCAUCCUGCUGUCAGCCUCUGCCUGGGGCUUGAUCACCGCGGCCACCCCACUGCUCGCCCACCUUGGCAGCACCCACCUCGUCUUUAUGACCUUCUCUCGCAUCCUCACGGGCUUGCUCCAAGGCGUUUACUUCCCUGCGCUGACCAGCCUGCUGUCGCAGAAAGUGCGGGAGAGUGAGCGAGCCUUCACCUACAGCACCGUGGGGGCCGGCUCCCAGUUCGGGACGCUGGUGACGGGGGCCGUGGGCUCCCUGCUUCUGGACUGGUACGGCUGGCAGAGUGUCUUCUAUUUCUCUGGCGGGCUCACCCUGCUGUGGGUGUGUUACGUGUACAGGUACCUGCUGAGUGAACAAGAUCUCCUCCUGGCCCUGGGCGUUUUGGCACAAGGCUUGCCGACGUCCCGGCACACCAAAGUUCCCUGGAGACAGCUCUUCCGGAAGCCUUCUGUCUGGGCAGUCGUCUUCUCCCAGCUCUCCUCGGCGUGCUCCUUCUUCAUCCUCCUCUCCUGGCUGCCGACUUUCUUUAAGGAGACAUUCCCCAGCUCCAAGGGCUGGGUCUUCAAUGUGGUGCCCUGGCUGGUGGCGAUUCCCGCCAGUCUGUUCAGCGGGUUUCUGUCUGAUCAUCUCAUCAAUCAGGGUUACAGAACCAUUACCGUGCGGAAGUUCAUGCAGGUGAUGGGCCUCGGCCUGUCCGGCGUUUUCGCCCUGUGUUUGGGCCACACCUCGAGCUUCUGUAAGUCUGUGGUCUUUGCGUCGGCCUCCAUCGGCCUUCAGACCUUCAACCACAGGUGUGGCCAACACAGCUGGGGCCUUGGCAGGUGUCGUGGGCGUGUGCCUGGGCGGUUACCUGAUAGAGACCACCGGCUCCUGGACAUCUGUGUUCAACCUGGUGGCCGCCAUCAGCAGCCUGGGGCUGUGCACCUUCCUGGUGUUCGGACAGGCCCAGCGUGUGGACCUGAGUCCCCACCACGAGGACCUCUAGUUUCCCGGACCCCACAGGCCCCAAGACCCAGCGCCAUCAGCCGUGGGGCCAAGGGCUCAGCUGAAGAACGUCUCGCUCUCUACCCCAGAUGUGUGAGCAGAGGAGAGAGCGAGCCUCAGCUGGGCCGGCGGGGGGUGCCGACACCAGAGCCAGACAGCCCUGCUCGGGCCUCAGUUUCCCCACUUGCCGGUGGGGCGAUCAUGCCCUCCUCUCAGGGUUGGUGGGACUGCCAGGGGUGAGUGGGGUGUAUUUUUAGUAACAGCAGCUUCGUUACAGACACAAUCUGCUCCAUGCAGAUCCACAGGUGCCCUCCGCAGUCGCCCUGCCUCCCCCACCCCGUGUAAGACCGUCAGACUGUGGAGAGCGCGGCCAUCAUUGCAGGGGCUGGGGCGCCACCCUCUGGUCUUCCCCCCAAAACCUGCUUCUCUUUGUUUCUCUGUACUUGGGGCUGGAUCAUUCUCUGUGGGACCAUCCUGUGCA